AUGGCUGCUCAAUACCCCCAUUCCGGUUCCCCUACAGCCGACCCUAACGACCCCUUCGGCUCCUCUUCUGCCAUUCCACGCAGAUAUUACAAUGACACCGAUUCCGACAAUAUUGACACUUACGGCCGGAGAGAUACCUACGCCUCCGAUAGCUCAGCCAAUGGUCUCAACGAUGGAGAGCGGUAUUAUGACCACAACGGUCAAUAUGACCCCUACGCCCAACCCGAUACGGAUUCAGACGUAGAUGUCUAUCCAAGAGGACAUGCCCCCUCCGCAGAAUCGUUAGGCCCUCGUAUGGGAGGCAUGUCGGAAUCCAGUGCGACCGGGUACCAUGACUCGUAUGCUGGACCAACCGGGGCACGCGAUGCGUACCCAGCUUGGACGCCCGAGCGUCAAAUCCCUCUCUCAAAGGAGGAGAUCGAGGACAUCUUCCUCGACCUCACGCAGAAGUUCGGCUUCCAACGCGACUCCAUGCGUAAUAUGUUCGAUUUCUUGAUGCAACUCCUCGACAGCCGAGCCUCGAGGAUGUCACCCAAUCAGGCCCUGCUCACUCUUCACGCGGACUACAUCGGCGGAGAACAUGCCAACUACCGGAAGUGGUACUUCGCUGCCCAGCUCGACUUAGAUGACGCUAUCGGACAAGCCCAAAACCCGGGACUCCAGCGUCUCCGGUCCACCAAGCGGAAGAACUCAACUCGGACCAGUGGGCAGAAGUCGUUGGCGACGGCCAUGGAGAGAUGGCGCCAGGCGAUGAACAACAUGAGCCAGUACGAUCGGCUCCGGCAGAUCGCGUUGUACCUAUUGCUAUGGGGCGAGGCGGCCCAAGUCCGCUUUGUGCCAGAGUGUCUGUGCUUCAUCUUCAAGUGCGCGGACGACUAUUACCGGUCGCCCGAGUGCCAGAACCGGGUUGAGCCCGUGCCUGAGGGCUUGUACCUUAGGGCAGUUGUGAAGCCUCUCUACCGCUUCAUUCGUGAUCAGGGUUACGAAGUCGUCGACGGGAGGUUUGUUCGGAGGGAACGGGACCACGCUGACAUCAUCGGCUAUGAUGAUGUGAACCAGCUAUUUUGGUAUCCUGAGGGCAUUGCGCGCAUUACCCUUCAAGACAAGACGAGGUUGAUUGAUUUGCCACCACCCCAACGAUGGAUGAAGUUCGACCGCGUCGAUUGGAAUAGCGCGUUCUUUAAGACCUAUUACGAGAAGCGUUCAUUCGGUCACCUUCUGGUCAACUUCAACCGGAUUUGGGUCAUCCACAUCUCCCUUUACUGGUUCUACACCGCAUACAACUCGCCCAAGGUUUAUCAGGUCUACCUCGCAAACGGCAACACGGUUAAUCCUCCCGCUCUGACAUGGUCUGCCACCGCUCUCGGCGGUGCAGUCGCCACCGUCAUCAUGAUUGCUGCGACACUGGCCGAAUUCUCGUAUAUACCAACCACCUGGAAUAAUACUUCACACCUUUCCCGUCGUUUGAUUUUCCUCGGUAUCACCCUUGCUCUCACGGUCGGCCCUACGUUCUACAUUGCCAUCGCCGAGGACACCAGCGGAGGCAACAGUGGUUCUCUAGCCCUCAUCCUGGGUAUCGUGCAGUUCUUCAUUGCCGUCGUCGCCACCCUUCUGUUCUCCAUCAUGCCGUCUGGACGGAUGUUCGGUGAUCGUGUUGCUGGCAAGUCGCGCAAGUACCUGGCCAGCCAAACCUUUACCGCCAGUUACCCUGGUCUCUCUACCCAGGCUCGUUUAGCAUCCAUCCUCAUGUGGGCUCUCAUCUUCGGGUGCAAGGCUACGGAGUCGUACUGGUUCUUGACGCUCUCGUUCCGUGACCCAAUUGCUGUCAUGGUGACGAUGACCAUUCAAAACUGCAACGACAAGUACUUUGGCCCAAACCUUUGCUUGAAUCAGGCACACUUCACGCUGGCAAUCAUGUAUGUCAUGGACCUCAUCUUGUUCUUCCUCGACACAUUCUUGUGGUACAUCAUCUGGAACACGGUAUUCAGUAUCGGUCGGUCGUUCAUGCUUGGAUUGUCGAUCUGGACGCCCUGGAAGGAUAUUUACACCCGGCUACCCAAGCGCAUUUACUCGAAGAUUUUGGCAUCGAAAGACAUGGAGGUUAGAUAUAAGCCCAAGGUCCUGGUCUCGCAAGUCUGGAAUGCUAUAAUCAUCUCGAUGUACCGCGAGCACUUGCUCUCCAUCGAACAUGUGCAGAAGCUCCUCUACCACCAGGUUGACACCGGACAUGAUGGCAAGCGCAGUCUUCGUGCCCCGCCGUUCUUCAUCUCGCAGAGCGACAAGGGUUUCAAGGGCGAUUUCUUCCCGCCUGGCAGCGAGGCUGAGCGUCGUAUCUCAUUCUUCGCGCAAUCUCUCACCGUCAACCUCCCGGAGCCCCUGCCCGUCGAUGCCAUGCCCACAUUCACGGUUUUGACUCCUCAUUACAGCGAGAAGAUCCUACUGUCGCUCCGUGAGAUCAUUCGCGAGGAAGACCAGAAUACUCGUGUCACUCUUCUUGAGUACUUGAAGCAGCUUCAUCCGGUCGAAUGGGACAACUUCGUCAAGGAUACCAAGAUCCUCGCCGAGGAAUCCGCCAUGUUCAACGGCGGCAACAGCCCCUUCGCUGCCGAUGAGAAGGCCCAGUCGAAGAUGGACGAUCUUCCGUUCUACUGCAUUGGUUUCAAGAGCUCUGCACCCGAAUUCACUCUGCGUACCCGUAUUUGGGCUUCGCUUCGUGCCCAAACUCUGUACCGCACGGUCUCUGGUAUGAUGAACUACUCGAAGGCGAUCAAGCUCCUCUACCGUGUCGAGAACCCCGAAGUUGUUCAGCAGUUCGGAGGCAACACCGACAGACUCGAGCGUGAGCUUGAGCGAAUGGCUCGCCGCAAGUUCAAGUUCCUCGUUUCGAUGCAGCGUUACUCCAAGUUCAGCAAGGAGGAGCACGAGAACGCCGAGUUUUUGCUCCGUGCAUACCCCGACUUACAAAUUGCUUAUCUUGACGAGGAACCCCCGCGCAAGGCUGGUGGUGAAACGCGUCUGUUCUCUACGCUCAUCGAUGGUCACUCCGAGUUCAUUCCCGAGACUGGUCGCCGUCGUCCCAAGUUCCGUAUUGAGCUUCCUGGUAACCCCAUUCUUGGUGACGGAAAGUCCGACAACCAGAACCACGCCAUCGUCUUCUAUCGCGGCGAGUACUUGCAGCUCAUCGAUGCCAACCAGGACAACUAUCUCGAGGAAUGUCUCAAGAUUCGGAAUAUGCUAGGCGAAUUCGAGGAGUACUCCGUUUCGUCCCAGAGUCCCUAUGCGCAGUACGGUCACAAGGAGUUCCGCAAAGCACCCGUCGCCAUUGUUGGUGCGCGCGAGUACAUUUUCUCGGAGAACAUCGGUAUCCUCGGUGAUCUCGCCGCCGGCAAGGAGCAGACGUUCGGUACCCUGUCCGCUCGUAACUGGGCGUGGAUCGGUGGAAAGCUUCACUACGGUCACCCCGAUUUCCUGAACGCGCUGUACAUGAACACGCGCGGCGGUGUCUCCAAAGCGCAGAAGGGUCUCCAUCUCAACGAAGAUAUUUACGCUGGUAUGAACGCCUUUGGACGUGGUGCUCGUAUCAAGCACACGGAGUAUUUCCAGUGCGGCAAGGGUCGUGAUCUCGGGUUCGGAACGAUCCUCAACUUCCAGACGAAGAUCGGUACGGGAAUGGGCGAGCAGAUGCUCAGUCGCGAGUACUACUACCUUGGCACGCAGCUCCCGAUUGAUCGGUUCUUGACGUUCUACUAUGCCCAUCCUGGGUUCCAUAUCAACAACAUGCUCAUCAUCUUGGCCGUGCAGCUCUUCAUCUUGUGCAUGGUGUACCUGGGUACCCUGAACUCGUCGGUCACGAUUUGUAGCUAUGCAUCGAACGGGAACCUCCUGCCUGGCAUGGACGGAUGCUACAACCUUGAUCCCGUCUUCGACUGGAUCCAUCGUUGCAUCAUCAGUAUUUUCUUGGUGUUCAUCAUCUCCUUCCUGCCGUUGUUCAUUCAAGAGUUGAUUGAACGUGGAACUGCUCGCGCUGUCAUCCGCUUGGGCAAACAGUUCCUGUCCCUCUCGCCCCUUUUCGAGGUUUUCUCCACGCAGAUCUAUACCCACUCCAUCAUCAGCAACUUGACGUUCGGUGGUGCUCGGUACAUCGCUACGGGCCGUGGUUUCGCCACUACGCGCAUCUCGUUCAGCAUCCUGUUCUCCCGCUUCGCCGGUCCUAGUAUCUACCUCGGUAUGCGGACCCUGAUCAGCUUGCUUUACGUGACUAUGGCGUUCUGGACCCCGUAUCUCAUCUACUUCUGGUUCUCCAUCCUCGCGCUUUGCGUCGCUCCUUUCGUCUUUAACCCCCACCAGUUCUCCUUCUCCGACUUCAUUAUUGACUACAGAGAAUUCUUGCGAUGGAUGUGCCGCGGUAACUCGCGCUCGCAUAACAACUCGUGGAUCGGGUACUGUCGUCUCUCGCGGACGAUGAUCACCGGUAUCAAGAAGAAGAAACUUGGUAUGCCAUCCGAGAAACUGUCCGGAGGAGACGUUCCUCGCGCAACUUGGCGUUCCGUGCUCGUUGCCGAGAUUAUUUCCCCCGUCGUCAUGGCUGUUUUGUUCAUUAUAGCCUACAUGUUCGUCAAGGCUUUCCCCGAUAGCACUGGCAGACUUCCUCCCAGCCCGCUCAUCCGCAUCGCUGUGAUCUCCCUCGGUCCCAUCGUAUGGAACGCGGCAGUGCUGUUGGUGCUGUUCCUCGUUUCUAUCUUCCUUGGCCCCAUGCUCGACCCCAAGUUCCCGAUGUUUGGUUCAGUUAUCGCCGCUAUUGCCCACUUCUUGGGUCUUGUUGGCAUGGUUGGCUUCUUCGAGUUCUUAUGGUUCCUUGAGUCAUGGAACGCUUCGCACGCUGUCCUGGGUAUCAUUGCUGUCAUCGCCAUCCAGCGUGCCAUCCACAAGAUCCUGAUCUCCGUAUUCCUGUCGCGUGAAUUCAAGCAUGAUGAGACCAACCGCGCCUGGUGGACUGGUCGGUGGUAUGGAAGAGGCCUAGGCACACACGCCAUGUCACAGCCGGGACGCGAGUUCAUCGUCAAGGUCAUCGAGCUUUCCCUGUGGAGCUCGGACUUGCUCAUUGGGCACUUCCUCCUCUUCAUGCUUACGCCCCCCACUCUACUCCCCUUCGUGGACAAGCUGCAUGCUAUGAUGCUCUUCUGGCUGAGACCGUCGAAGCAAAUUCGUGCUCCGCUGUAUUCGCUCAAGCAGAAGAAGCAGCGUCGCUGGAUUAUCGUGAAGUACGGCUCCGUGUACAUCGCCGUCAUCAUCAUCUUUGUCUGCCUCAUUGCUCUGCCCGCUGCUUUCCAGAAUCGUAUUCAUUUCGAAUGCACUAUCUGCCAGAAUCUCUAA